AUGGCGGCUGUGUCGUACUCCGCAUCUCGUGAUCUCGAUGAACUUAGCUCGCAAACUCCGCAAAUGGAGGAAACGAAACCUUUCCAGAUGGAUGAGAGCUCUGCCGACGACGAUGCGCUGUCAGCCACUUCCGCCUCUCUAGUCUAA